AUGGACUACUCCUACCUCAAUUCGUACGACUCGUGCGUGGCGGCCAUGGAGGCGUCCGCCUACGGCGACUUCGGCGCCUGCAGCCAGCCUGGCGGCUUCCAAUACAGCCCCCUGCGGCCCGCCUUCCCCGCGGCCGGGCCGCCCUGCCCCGCGCUCGGCUCCUCCAACUGCGCGCUUGGCGCUCUACGCGACCACCAGCCCGCGCCCUACUCGGCAGUGCCCUACAAGUUCUUCCCGGAACCGUCGGGCCUGCACGAGAAGCGCAAGCAGCGGCGCAUCCGCACCACGUUCACGAGCGCGCAGCUCAAGGAGCUGGAGCGUGUCUUCGCAGAAACUCACUACCCGGACAUUUAUACGCGGGAGGAGCUGGCGCUCAAGAUCGAUCUCACUGAGGCUCGCGUGCAGGUUUGGUUCCAGAACCGCCGGGCCAAGUUCCGAAAACAGGAGCGAGCGGCCAGCGCCAAGGGUGCGGCGGGCGCGGCUGGAGCCAAAAAGGGCGAGGCGCGCUGCUCGUCCGAGGACGACGACUCCAAGGAGUCCACGUGCAGCCCCACGCCCGACAGCACCGCGUCGUUGCCGCCGCCCUCCGCGCCCGGCCUGGCCAGCCCGCGCCUGAGCCCCAGCCCGCUGCCCGCCGCCCUGGGCUCCGGGCCCGGGCCUGGCCCGGGGCCACAGCCGCUCAAGGGCCCCCUGUGGGCCGGCGUGGCAGGCGGUGGGGGCGGCGGGCCCGGCGCGGGGGCGGCGGAGCUGCUGAAGGCCUGGCAGCCGGCAGAGCCGGGGCCCGGGCCCUUCUCCGGGGUUCUGUCCUCCUUUCACCGGAAGCCCGGCCCCACCCUGAAGACCAAUCUCUUCUAG